AUGCCCACCCCUUCUUCAACUUCAAAUAACGAGUCUAACGUUGGAUCCACGGUAUUGCACACGACGUGCCCGCCUGAAGAUGACAGGUCUAGUUGGAGAGUAUCAGAGAUGGAAGGUACACUUGAGUCACCGAUCCUAGAUUCAGAAAUCAUCCAGCAACCUACACCUCCGCCUCUGUCUCAUGAUUCGCGAAGAGCCGAUACGACGGAGACAUUUCAAACCGACCUGCGAAAUAUCAAAAGAAUGGAUAUCGAUGAAGAUACAAAUGGACCCGAUAUGCUAUCUCCUAUGAGUGCGACGGCAGAUAAGCAGGAGGAUGCUGAAAUGCGUACCGUCACCAAUCCUCGGAUUCCUUCACCAUCCUUGGGUUAUGAUUUCUCAAACGUCAGAUUAUUACCUUCUUCCCCUUCCUCCAGAUUACGACCUGGUAGCAAAUUUCAUGGCACACAACAAUCAGAGCGGCAGGUCUAUGAUGUACAGGUUGAGAUCAAGCAUGUGGAUAUGCGAGAGUCAUUUCUGUGCGGGUAUCUGCGCAUUCAAGGAUUGACCGAAGACCACCCUACACUUACAACCUACUUUGAAGGAGAAAUUAUUGGAUCGAAAUAUUCAUUCUUUACUCAACACGAAGAUUGGGGGUCGAGUGAUAAAGUCGAUUUACAACAUUGGGCCAAAUUCCACGCUUUUCGCCCUUUUCAGAAAUCCGCGAGGAAAGGAAACUGCCAUAUACCAAACUUGGGCCAACGAGAUAAUAUUUUCAUGAGAUGGAAGGAACACUUUUUAGUUCCCGACCAUCGUGUGAGAACAAUUAGUGGUGCAAGUUUCGAGGGCUUUUAUUAUAUCUGCUUCAAUCAAAUCAAGGGAACAGUCAGUGGAAUAUAUUUCCACUCCAAGAGUGAGAAAUAUCAACAGCUAGAGUUGAAACAUGUCGAAGACAUGGGAUGCUUUCAGGCAAUGGAAUUUAGAUGA